AUGAAAUUUUACGGAUUAUUCAGCUAUAUUUCCAUUGCAUUUCUCUGUUUUGUCUUUGUUUCCAUCCCCAAAGACGGUGUGAAGUGCUUACAAGGUGUGAAGAACUCUUUCACUGACCCUCAUGGCAAGCUCAAUUCAUGGACUUUCACCAACAGUUCAAUUCGCUUUCUGUGUGAAUUCGUCGGAGUUUCAUGCUGGAACGAUUUUGAAAACCGUCUCUUCAGCCUCGGGCUUCACGGUAUGCAUCUCACUGGCGAAAUUUCGGAGUCUCUACACUACUGUCAUAACUUGCAAUCUCUCGAUCUCUUCGGUAACAAUCUCACUGACGAUUCAAAUUAUCAAAUUUGGAAAGAAGUUUCUGUUGCAAACAAUGAUCUUUCCAGCACAAUUCCGAUGAAUUUUGAAGAUUUUGAUGCGAGGGAUUUUGCUAGGAAUAGUGGACUUUGUAGGAAUCCAAUUGGGGAGAGUGGUGGUUUGAGUAAUAAGAAUCUCGCAAUUAGAAUUACAGUGGGUGUUUUUGGUGCCGGGGUGUGGAUGUUGCUAGGUUGGAUUGAGAAAUUGAGGGCGUACAAGCUUGUUCAGGUUUUGGUGUUCCAGAAACCGCUUGUGAAACUUAAGCUGGCGGAUUUAAUGGCUGCCACCAACAAUUUCAGAUUGCCCUCUCUGUCUUCGUCGUUUAGAAGCCUUCCCGGACUCCUUCAUCGGAAGCUUCCAUUGCUUGCUUCUUCAAUUGACGUGCGAAUCGUACUGGUGAUCACCGAUGUCCCCCAAUCGAAGACACUCGGCCUUCGCUGCUGUUUCGUACCAACGUUCUCUUAUGAAGUCACCAUCAAAUUAGUUCCGCUGUUAAUCUGA